CGGAGCGUUUAGUGUCCCCAAGACUGGCUGUGGAUGGGUCGCGAAGUCCAAUGAAGCCCACGUUGCUAACGAGCCUGGGCUGUGCCGCUCCAGCUGGCCCCGCAGUAGCCCCAGCACGGGGGCGGCCCCGCGCCGCCCCCAGAGUCGACAUGCAAAUAGUUACGUCAGAUGGCGGGGGCGGGGCGCGCCCGGGCUGAGUGGCAGCAGCUCCGGUCUGGGGAGGAGGCGCGGGAAUCAGCCCGGUUCAGCGGCUGAGCCUAACUGGAGGCGAGCGAGCUGGUGCUGUCCGCGGUGCUGUCGUGAGGAGCCCGGGACCCGACGGACGGGCGGCCCCAGCGCCUCGAGGCAACGCCCUCCUGCACCCUCUGUGCCCUGCGGGACCCGCUUGCCCGGCAGGACCGAGUCUACUCGACAAAGGAGUGUGGUGCCGGACGUGGGAGAGAGUCCUCCGCUUGCCACCUGGGCGCCCAUUCAGGCGUGACUUUGGAGAUUUCUGUAGUUCUACACCAAACUAUUUUCAUCUUUUCACAGCUAAGACGAUCUUUUAGUUUUUUUUUUUUAAUUAUUAUUAUUACUGCAAUUUAUAUACCCACACCGUUUUAGGAAUCUUUCUGGGAGACUUUUGACUACUAAAAUAAGGUGAAAAGCAGUAAGGAUGUUUAAGUGCUGGUCAACUGUUUUAGUUCUUGGAUUCGUUUUUCUGGAGUCUGAAGGAAGGCCACCCCUAGAAGCAGGAUAUGGCCUUAAAUCCCAUCAACCUCCAAUAAGAUUGAGACACAAGCAGGAAAAAAGUCAAGAAAGUUCAAGAAUCAAAGGAUUCUUGAUUCAGGAUGGCUCGCUGGGAUCUUGUGAAAAUAAAUACUGUGGUUUGGGAAGGCACUGUGUUAUCAGCAGAGAGACAGGGCAAGCAGAAUGCACUUGCAUGGAUCUUUGCAAACGGCACUACAAACCUGUGUGUGGAUCUGACGGAGAAUUCUAUGAAAACCACUGUGAAGUGCAUAGAGCCGCUUGCCUGAAGAAGCAGAAGAUCGCCAUUGUUCACAGUGAAGACUGCUUCUUCAAAGGAAAUAACUGCAAGGCCCCAGAAUACAGCAAGAUGAAAAGCAUGCUCUUAGACUUACAAAAUCAAAAAUAUAUUAUACAAGAAAACGAAAGCCCUAACGGAGAUGACGUAUCUUGGAAGAAGUUGUUGGUGGAUCAAAUGUUUAAAUAUUUUGAUGCUGACAGUAAUGGACUUGUAGAUAUUAAUGAACUAACUCAGGUGAUAAAACAGGAAGAGCUUGGCAAGGAUCUUUCUGAUUGUACUUUGUAUGAUCUGCUGAAAUACGAUGAUUUUAACUCUGACAAGCACCUGGAUCUUGAAGAAUUGUAUAGAACGUUCCAGGUUAUCCAGUUGAGUCUGCCUGAAGAUCAGAAACUAAGCAUCACAGCAGUGACGGUGGGACAAAGUGCUGUUCUGAGCUGUGCCAUUCAAGGAGCGCUGAGACCCCCCAUCAUCUGGAAAAGGAAUAAUAUUAUUCUGAAUAAUUUAGAUUUGGAAGACAUCAAUGACUUUGGAGAUGAUGGGUCCUUGUAUAUUACAAAGGUCACCACAACACACAUGGGCAAUUAUACCUGCUAUGCAGAUGGCUAUGAACAAGUCUACCAGACUCACAUCUUCCAAGUGAAUGUUCCUCCAGUCAUCCGGGUGUACCCAGAGAGUCAGGCCAGGGAACCUGGGGUAACUGCAAGCCUGAGGUGCCACGCAGAGGGCAUACCAAACCCUCAGCUUGGCUGGCUGAAGAAUGGAAUUGAUAUUACGCCAAAGCUAUCUAAACAACUCACGCUUCAAGCAAAUGGCAGUGAAGUUCAUAUAAGCAACGUGCGCUAUGAAGAUACAGGAGCAUACACUUGUAUCGCAAAGAAUGAAGCAGGAGUGGAUGAAGACAUCUCUUCUCUUUUUGUGGAAGAUUCUGCUAGAAAGACCUUAGCUAACAUAUUAUGGAGAGAAGAAGGUCUGGGAAUUGGGAACAUGUUCUACGUUUUUUAUGAAGAUGGAAUCAAAGUGAUACAACCCAUAGAAUGUGAAUUCCAGCGGCACAUUAAGCCCAGUGAAAAGCUCCUUGGAUUUCAGGAUGAAGUCUGCCCCAAAGCUGAAGGAGAUGAAAUUCAGAAGUGUGUGUGGGCCUCAGCUGUUAAUGUCAAAGACAAGUUCAUUUAUGUUGCACAACCAACAUUGGACAGAGUCCUUAUUGUUGAUGUGCAAUCCCAAAAAGUUUUUCAGGCAGUAAGCACAGACCCUGUCCCAGUUAAAUUACACUACGAUAAAUCCCAUGAUCAGGUCUGGGUGCUAAGCUGGGGUACCAUGGAGAAGACUUCUCCGACACUACAGGUAAUAACCCUGGCCAGCGGGAAUGUGCCGCACCACACGAUCCACACCCAGCCAGUGGGAAAGCAAUUUGACCGAGUGGACGAUUUCUUCAUUCCCACAACAACACUGAUCAUCACUCACAUCAGGUUUGGAUUUAUUCUUCAUAAAGAUGAAGCUGCACUACAAAAAAUCGAUCUUGAAACCAUGUCGUACAUCAAGACAAUUAAUUUGAAGGACUCUAAGUGCGUUCCUCAAUCGUUGGCGUAUACACACUUGGGAGGGUACUAUUUUAUUGGCUGCAAACCUGACAGCACUGGGGCUGUUCCACCACAGCUCAUGGUGGACAGUGUGACUGACUCAGUCAUUGGAUUCAAUGGUGAUGUGACAGGGACUCCAUAUGUCUCUCCAGAUGGGCACUAUCUUGUCAGCAUUAAUGAUGUGAAAGGUCUCGUAAGGGUCCAGUACAUUACCAUCCGAGGAGAAGUACAGGAGGCUUUUGAUAUUCACACAAACCUGCACAUUUCUGAUCUGGCAUUUCAGCCAUCCUUUACUGAAGCUCACCAGUACAACAUCUAUGGCAGCUCAAGCACACAGACAGAUGUGCUCUUUGUGGAACUCUCCUCCGGGAAGGUUAAAAUGAUAAAGAGCCUCAAGGAACCACUGAAGGCAGAAGAAUGGCCUUGGAACCAGAAGAACAGGCAGAUCCAGAACAGUGGCCUGUUUGGUCAGUACCUGAUGACCCCUUCCAAGGACUCUCUCUUUAUACUAGACGGACGACUCAAUAAGUUAAACUGUGAGAUCACUGAAGUUGAGAAAGGAAAUACAGUCAUUUGGGUUGGAGAUGCCUAGGGGACCUAUUAGAUAAUUAUCGAAGAGUUUUUCACUACAUUGCACUGAAUCCAUUGUUUAAAUUUACAGCUUAACUUUUCAAUUUAUAUCCUAGUCAAGCAUAAGUUAUUGGUUGGCCCAAUUAAAACAGUUUUUUUGGCAGAGAAAUACACAAUUAGUAAUACCAGUUGAUUAGAAGUAUUUAACACAAUAUUUGUUGAGAAGCUACAUUAAUCACAAGAAUCAAAUCUACAAUUAUGGUUUAAGCCAAUAAAAGAGGAACUUAAAAACUUAAAAAAUACCUGCAGGGAGUUUCAGAUGAUUUUAAGCACCAUUUCAUUUUAGGGGUAGUUUAUUCUGUCCUCUGUCCUCUGGUAUGUUUAAGCCAGAAAUAAUAGGUGUUGUGGGACCUUAAAAUUCUUAUUUAAAAUAUUCUGUCCCAUCCACUGUUUGUAAUCUUUUGUGCCUUUAAGGGAAUGUCACAAGAGGAGAAGGAAUGCUAACUGCUGCAUACAGAACACCUUCAUGACUAUAAAUCUCUUGCCAUUAAAAGAGAAAAGUUAAACAUCUUAUACACCAAAUCCUGCCUUCAGUUAUUUGUUUAACAGUCAGUGAAAUAUCAUUUGAAGGCAUAAAUUGGCCUUAGGUUGUAGACAGGUGGCAUACUCUAUGUGACACUGACUGUAUAAUCUGCAGCAUGCGACGGAAAAUGGGGAGGAAGGGAGGAAACAAUGAUGGUGAAAAAUUUUGCAAAAUGUUCUCUUCUCAUUCUGUUUUCAGUCACUAGAACACAUUGUAUUUUUAAAGAAAGUUUGUCUGAGAUGUCAAUUGCUUACAAAUGUUUAUUAUUUGCAGAAUAGAUUUUUUUCUUUUCAUGUAGCCCAGUGUUGCACCAGAGGGAAAUUUCUGUUCUAAAAAGGAAGCAUCAUUUGUGUCUGCCUAGAGUAAACUACAUAUAGGUUUAACACCAAAGAGAAAAUACUGGCUAGAAUAUUGAGUACUAGUGGUUUAGGAUAAUUAGUAAUAGAAAUUGGGAAUCAGGUGAUAGCUUCAUGAUGGUGAGCAAAGACUUCUCUAUUGCUUACCCAUCAAAUAACUUCAUUCCUUACUAACUUUCCUAAAUGACUUCUGUUCAACUCCUAUAUAAUCUUUAAAUGACCCUCUUACUAAUUGUCUGGUAUAAUUGGAGACCUAACUAAUCAUCUUAUUUGAGACAGUGCAUAGAAAUAAGAAUUACUGAUUUUUUUUUUUUAGGGCAAAGAAAAGGCCAGUAGAUGUGGAUUAAAACUAGAAAGUUGGUUUACUGAAAUAAGCAGAUAAUUAUCCAGUUUUAAGUAAUAGUUUACAUGUUUUGGGAAUCCUUUUACUUAUUUUUAUUUUAUUGCUAUUAAAAAUGCUGAUGGGCUGUUGAAAUGAUCUCCAUUUACUGAAGGUAAUCCAAUAAGGUCUUUUUUAACACAAAUUUUACUCAAGUUUAAAUUGUAUAAAACUGCUUAGAAACAAAUUUUAUAGUGUGGAAUAUCUUAAGUGUAUAUAGCCUCCUGAGCUGUGUGAUACAGUAGCUUAAGGAAACAUUAUGGAAAGUAGUUCAAUAAACAACAAAAAAAUCAGCUUAUGUUUCUACUUAUCUGCUUUCCUUUUUAGCACUUUUCUUCCUUGUGAACAUGAACCAUAUAGAGUGUCUGUGACCUAAUAAUUUAAUGUGAGUCUGUCUCAUAUCUCCUUCUUUGGUAGCUUAUACCAUGUGGAUGCUUUGUCUGUAGACUUUGCUUGAUUAAAGGAGAAUAAACCUCUUACAUUUUAA